ACCGCCGCUCAGGAUUAAAAAAGAAACGACACAACCUACGGUCACUCCUACUUGACCGCAACUUCCAAACCCACGCAGCCAAAACCUGUCUCUACAUUUCGCUCUGGUACACGUUCUCGGGGAUUCUUUCAGUUUACAAUAAGUGGUUGUUUGGAUCAUCCGAGCGGGACUUUUCAUUCCCUCUGCUAGUCAGUAGUGUGCAUAUGCUUAUGCAGUAUUCCCUGGCGACCUUGUGUCUGAGGUUGUUUCCGAAACUGCGGCCGACCCAGAAAAAUACUACUUGGGGAUUGUACUUGACCCGGGCUGUACCCUGUGGACUGGCGUCGGCGCUGGAUAUUGGUCUGAGUAAUGUUAGCCUGCGGACGAUUACGUUGACGUUUUACACCAUGUGCAAGUCUUCCGGGUUAGGGUUCGUCCUGUUGUUUGCGUUUUUGUUUGGGUUGGAGCGGGUGCGGUUUGCAUUGAUCGUGGUUAUUGCGAUUAUCACCGUGGGGGUUGUGCUGAUGGCUGCCGGCGAGGUGGAUUUCAAGCUCCUGGGGUUUACCCAAGUGGUUUCAUCCGCGGCAAUGAGCGGAUUGCGGUGGUCUUUGACGCAGAUUCUUUUAUCGCAGGCGCGUUUUGGGAUGAAUAACCCCGUGGCCACAAUGUCCAGGCUUAUGCCAAUAAUUGGCGCCUCUAUGCUUGCCUUUUCAUUGAUCCUCGAGCAACCUGUUUCGCAACUAUCCCAGGAUAAAAACAUGCAGUCACUGCGUGAUGUUCUGUUUAUCGUAGUUAUGAUGGGUGUUGGUGGGUGUUUGGCUUUUGCAAUGGUGCUUUCCGAGUUUUUUCUUAUUGCGCGUACAUCCGUGGUUACUCUGUCCAUUGCCGGGAUGCUGAAAGAAGUAGUUAUGAUUGGUGUGGCGCAUUUGAUUUUCGGCGACUCCAUGACGCUCGUGAAUGCAUCCGGGUUAGUGGUGACUUUGUUUGGUAUUGCCAUGUACAAUUGGCUCAAGAUACACGAUACAAUGAACGGCCAGGUGGACGAGGACUCUAGUUCGAAUGCACAUGGCGACGACAGUGGUGGACGGGGCGUGGAUGAAUCGCAGUUGCGUCAGUUGGUUUUUGCUACAGACGCUUAUGAUGAAAUUGCCGCGGUGGAUUUUGUUUUCGAAGAGGAUGGUUUGGACACGCAGACUGAGAAUCAAGAAAGAUUGCGUGGAAAUAAUCUUACAAGCAACAGUGCCGAUACCAGUGCUGGUUCCAAUGUGUUUGGUGGCCAUUCUCGCUUUGUAAACUCGCCGCCAAAGCUGGCUUUUUCUGAUGCUGCCACUAAAAGGACUUUGCGGAGUAGUAGCUCGCAGAGCACAGAUGAUUCUAUAAUCUUGGACCACGAUGAAGUCACCCCGGGCCCGAUGAGGCUCAAGAACCGCGAGUAGAGAAUAUACACACCAUAUAAAUAACACAUAGAAUUUGUUAACACGCAAAAUAUAAAAAUAAUUAACAGAGGUUUUUUUUCUUCUUCUUUCAAACGA